AUGAAGAGGAUGAGAGAGCCCUCUGAGAGGAAGUCAAAGAAGAAGACUAUGAAGCUUGGAGAAUCUACAUCAAUGCAAAAGCUGCUUGUGCCUCUGGACUCCUCCGCUCCAAGUAAGUCAUAUCUCUCUAAAGCUCGUUUACAUUCUGGAUCUAAGAAAGUAUCUUCCUCCCUACCUCAACCAUCUCCUACAUAUACUCCCUUUAAACCCAUUAUCUCCAUCCCAACUCCAUUUGAACCUCACAACUCUGAAACAACCACAUCCUCACCCACUCUACAAAAAUUCGACCUUACCACCACAACACUUCCUGUAUCUGAGGCCUUACUUUUUCAUGAACCCAUUUCACCUCCCCCAUCCACUCCCUCAUCUCCUCCAUACUACGACCUUUCCUCCGAAUAUGAGCAGCCAGAAAUCCCUGACCCUUCCUCUCCAACCUUGGCUCAACUCCAAGACACAUCAAACUCUAAACAGACCUUAUAUGUCCCAGAAACCUCAGAACCUACACCAUCUCUCUCCACACCUCCUUCAGCAUCCUCAAUAAACCUACCAACUUUUAAACCUCCCACUGAACCUUCUGAAACCACCCCAAUUCCCUUUGAACCCAUUAAUCCAACCUCUGAACCUGAACCAACCUAA